CUUUUAUUGUCAUAUGAAGCAGGGUGCAAUCUUCAAUUUGAGUUUAAAUUAAUCUCAGCAUAGUUCAAUAAUUAUUGACUCAUCAUGACGCUGGCAUAUCCUAACCAGAAUAACCAGCGUGCUAGGCCUGCCCCAACCUCUGCUCAAAUCCAGAAGAUGCUGGAUGAGAACUACCAGCUCAUCAAGACCAUCUCUGAGUUCCAGAGCCAAGGAAAUGCUCAUGAAUGUUAUCAGUACCAGUUGAGCCUUCACCACAACUUGACGUACCUGGCAUCAUUUGCUGACACCAGUCAGAACAUGGCUCAGCUCCUGCCUCCACCAACACCUGUGGGUCAAAGCAACAGUGUGAGCGGAGGUGGAGGUGGUGGAGGCAGUGAUGGACCUUCCAGUGGGCCUGUGAACCAGGGAGGUCCUCCCGGGAGCCAGCCGGGUGCUCAUCCUUCUUCUGUUGCUCCAACAUACUCGUCUCAGCAGUCAGGCUACCGUCCACCUGGCCCCCCUAGCAUGGGACCUGGCCCACCCAGUAUGGGGCCUGGUCCUCCCAACAUGGGCCCAGGCCCACCUCCUCCAGGAGGUCCUCCUGGUGCUGGCUUCCGAAUGCCAUAUGGACAGCACGGACAAGGCUCUCCUUACUCUCCUCAGCCUUAUCCUCCACAUCAGUAUGGAGGUCAAGGUGGCUACCCCAGCUCGGGCGGGCCGCCCUCUGCUGGCCCUCAGAGCGCCAAGGGAUAUGGAACUCCACCUCCGCCCUCCACCUCCACUCCGUCCUCGUACUCAUCAUAUCCUCCUCAACCCAACCAAGGACCUCACUCCUCGCAGGCUCCUCACCCAUCCCAGUCCCCACAUUCAGCAAUGCCUCACUCCUCCCUUCCUCACGGUCCCCAGCAGAGCUCUCAAGCUCCUCCUUCGUCGCAAUCAGGUCCUCCAUAUGGUCAGCAAAUGUCAGCCGCUUCGCCUGGUGACUAUAACAGUCAGCAACCGUCAGCCUCUGCUAACACCACUGGUCCAACAGCUGGCAACCACCAGCCUUCCAGCUCGUCCCCCUUUAGCAGCAGUGGCUACCCUCCUUCCUCGCAGCCAUAUUCUCUGCCGUCGGGGCAGCCUUACCCUCCUCCAGGGCAGCCUUAUCCUCCCAUGUCAGCUUCAGCUCCCUCUGGUGGCCCUCCAUCAUCCUCCCAGCCAACUCCUCCUCCUGCUUCUGUUAACUCUUCAUCCUCGUCAUCCACUCCUUCCCCCGCUCCUCCUACUGCUCCUCCAGGCCAGUACUCGUCUCAGCCUCGGCCUUCUUCAGCCUCCCCAGCUCCCCAAGCUGCAUCGCGCUCCUCAUCCACUCCUCCUUCUCAAGGGUACACUGGCACUCCUCCGCCAACGGCGCCCACUCCUCCCACUUCCCAUGCCCCUUCUGUGGCUGCUCCACCACAGCACUUCUCAUCCGCCGCCCCUCCCUCCAACUCCCCCUACCACCACCAGUACCCGCCCUCCUCCCAGUACCCGCCCGCAUCGCAGUAUCCCCCACCACCGGGGCAGUACCCUCCACAGCCGCCCUACUCGCAGCCAUACGGAUCGUACCCGCCGCCUCCUGGGCACCCCGCUUACCCGCCGAUGCCUAACAGCCAGGGUGGCUACCAGGGCCACAGCAGCGGGUAUGGCCAAUACCCCCCACCGCCCCCCGCCUCCCAGUACGUACAGUACAGGGCGCCUACUGGCCAGCCUCAGUAUACUGGCUAUGACCAGGGACGCUAUCCUGGCUACCAGGGCUCUGGGCCGCCUGGACCGCCCCCUGGCUCCCAUUAGUGUACUGAGUUGCCACUUGAGAUUGCCGACUCUCAUUUGUUUAUUAUGGACCUUUAACUU